AUGCGUUCGAAUCAGCCGAUGAUUGUACUUAUGUACAAGGAGGCCUUUUUGAACACUAACAACGUUAACUCUUCUUUGCCUAGUUCCGUUGUUUCUCUUUUGCAGGACUUUGAUGAUGUAUUCCCAGAGGAGCUACCACCGGGGUUGCCACCAAUUCGAGGCAUUGAACAUCAAAUUGACUUUGUGCCAGGAGCUUCUAUUCCAAACCGACCAGCCUACCGAAGCAAUCCCGAGGAGACUAAGGAGAUACAAAGGCAGGUCACGGAGUUGAUGGAAAGAGGGCACGUGAGGGAGAGCAUGAGUCCGUGUGCUGUUCCGGUACUUUUGGUGCCUAAAGCGGAUGGAAAGUGGAGAAUGUGUGUCGAUUGUCGAGCAAUCAACAAUAUAACGGUAAAGUAUCGUCAUCCUAUUCCACGCUUAGAUGAUAUGUUAGAGGAAUUGCAUGGUGCUUGUGUGUUUUCAAAAAUCGAUUUGAAAAGUGGGUAUCAUCAAAUAAGAAUGAGAGAGGGUGAUGAAUGGAAAACUGCUUUCAAAACAAAGUAUGGUUUAUAUGAGUGGUUAGUUAUGCCGUUUGGGUUAACUAAUGCCCCUAGUACUUUCAUGCGAUUAAUGAACCAUGUUUUGCGAUCUUUCAUUGGUAAAUUUGUUGUAGUUUACUUUGAUGACAUUCUUAUCUAUAGCAAAAAUCUGGAUGAUCAUGUUGUGCAUUUGAAAUCCGUUUUACAUGCGCUUAGGGAAGAGAAGUUGUAUGCUAAUUUCCAGAAAUGUACAUUUUGCACGGAUAAGCUUGUCUUUCUUGGUUUUGUUGUGAGUGCACAAGGUAUUCAGGUUGAUGAAGAAAAGGUUCGAGCUAUCCAAGAAUGGCCAAGUCCGACGAGUGUAGCGAAUGUUCGAAGUUUUCAUGGCCUUGCUGGUUUCUAUAGGAGGUUCGUGAAGGAUUUUAGCACAAUUGCAGCACCCCUGACCGAGGUGAUAAGGAAGAAUGUGGUGUUCAAGUGGGGGGACGAGCAAGAGAAAGCAUUUCAAUUAAUUAAGGAGAAGUUAACCAAAGCUCCUUUACUUGCUCUACCAAAUUUCGCGAAAACAUUCGAGAUCGAGUGCGAUGCUUCCGGAGUAGGCAUAGGCGCUGUUUUGAUGCAAGAGGGACGGCCGAUUGCAUAUUUUAGUGAGAAGUUGAGUGGGGCAGCCUUAAACUACCCGACUUAUGAUAAAGAGCUGUAUGCCUUGGUUCGAGCAUUAGAGACAUGGCAGCAUUAUCUUUGGCCUAAGGAGUUUGUGAUUCACACAGAUCAUGAAUCGUUGAAGCACUUGAAGGGACAACACAAGCUGAACAAGAGGCAUGCCCGAUGGAUGGAAUUCAUUGAGACAUUUCCUUAUGUCAUCAAAUACAAGCAAGGUAAAGAGAACAUUGUAGCUGAUGCACUGUCUCGAAGGUACACCUUAAUCUCUACUCUUAAUGUAAAAUUACUUGGUUUUGAACAAAUUAAGGAGUUGUACAUUAAAGAUUCUGAUUUUGGUACUGUUUAUCAAGCAUGUGAAAAGGGUGCAUUUGAUAAGUUCUAUAGGCAUGAGGGAUUCUUGUUUAGGGAAGAUAAACUUUGCAUUCCUAUGUGUUCUAUACGUGAAUUACUUGUGCUUGAAUCGCAUGGGGGAGUCUAUGCUAGAUGCUCUCGUUCCGAGCGCCGUGUUUUGUGGAAUUCGUUCCGCGACAUUUUUGAGACGAUUGGUGACACUCCUUGGAUUUCUGGGGGUGACUUCAACUCAAUCUUACUUGAGUCAGAACGGAAUAGAUCGGUUUCGGAUAGGAGACUAGAUAUGGCUGAGUUUGGUGCUAUGGUUUCCGAUUAUUUACUGCCUAUUACGCAGGUUACCCACCUCUCACGGACCUGGUCGGAUCAUGCUCCUCUUUUGGUUUCAUCGGCUGCUUCUUCGUCUAGGCCUCCUGCUUCAUUCCGGUUUCAACAUAUGUGGAUCCGCCACGCUACGUUUCGUCAGAUUGUGGAACAGGUUUGGGACUUUCCGUGUGCUCAGACGGGGAUGCAUCGAUUACAUACGAAGUUGAGACGAUUGAAACAGAAGCUUCAGUGGUGGAAUUGGAAUGUUUUCGGGGACGUGUUCAAGAAUAAAGAGAGGGCCGAGGCAGCUGUUCUAGAGGCCGAGCACAUAUAUGACUUGGAUCGAUCCCCCGAGAAUCGUGCAAAUUUGAAAAAGGCCACUGCUGAACUUACUCUCAUGCUCAAUAUUGAGGAGGACUUUUGGAAGCAAAAGGCAGCUUGUAGAUGGGCGACUGAUGGAGAGAGAAACUCUAAGUUUUUCCACUCAUUAGUCAAGAAAAAGCGAUGUGUCAAUCGAAUCCACUCUAUCUCUCAUGGUGAUUCGGUUCUCACAUCAGCUCAGGAGAUCAAGGAUUCGGGCGUUGAUUUCUUUAGCAAGCUUCUUACCGAUGAUAUGCCUAGUUUGCUUCCGGUUGAUGAGUCCCUAUUUUCCGCUCCUCAAAGGGACUUUUCUUCAGUCUCUACUCGUCCGUCGGUUGAGGAGAUCAAAGAUGCGGUGUUUGGGAUUUGUCAAGAUAGUGCUUCGGGUCCUGAUGGGUAUUCUUCGCUAUUUUAUCAGCAUUGUUGGGACUUGAUUCAGUGUGAUGUUUGUGAAGCGGUUUGGGAUUUCUUCGAGGGUGGAUCUAUGCCUGCGAGCUUCACCGCUACCACCUUGGUUCUUAUUCCAAAGGUGGACUUUCCGACGGCUUGGACAGAUUUCCGCCCGAUUAGCUUGUGCAACGUGACCAAUAAAAUUAUCACCAAGGUACUUACGAACAGACUGGCACCUCAUUUGCCCCACAUUAUUUCUCCUUCUCAGAGUGGGUUUGUUCAGGGUCGUCUCAUUAGUGAUAAUAUUUUAUUAGCACAAGAGAUGGUCCACUCGAUAUCAGUUCGUUGUCGAAAUCCAAAUCUUAUUUUGAAGCUGGAUAUGGCAAAGGCUUAUGAUAGGGUUCAGUGGCGGUUCUUAUUUCGUGUACUCGAGCUGAUUGGUUUCUCGGCGAACUUGGUUGAUAUUAUUCGGCGAUGUGUUUCCUCGUGCCAGUUCUCUUUACUAAUCAACGGGGAGCUGACGGGGUAUUUCACUUCGUCUCGUGGUCUAAGGCAGGGAGAUCCGCUCUCGCCGACUCUUUUUGUACUUGCGGCUGAGUAUUUUUCGAGAGGUCUCGAUGCACUAUACAUCCGUUGCCCAAGCAUGUUUUAUUCUACAAGGGGAGGCAUCCCUAUAUCCCAUUUGGCCUAUGCGGAUGAUGUGAUGAUAUUUACCUCGUGCCAUAAUUUUGGCCUGAAGAAGCUGCGGGAUUUUCUCGAUCAUUACUGUCGGACUUCGGGUCAGUUGAUUAGUGUGCACAAGAGCACUUUCACAGUUGAUAGGGCAUGUUCUGAUGGUCAUCUUCGCACUAUUUCUCGGAUUCUCAGUUAUCCGAGAAAGGAUCUUCCUAUCAUUUAUCUUGGAGCUCCACUAUACAAAGGGAGGGACCGGGGCAGUUUGUUUCACACUUUGAUUGAUCGCAUGCAAGCCAGGAUUUCGGGUUGGGCUCGGACCGCUUUGGCUUUCGGGGGCCGUCUUGCCUUGAUCCGGAGUACGCUUUCGACUAUGGCUUUGCAUCUUGUUCAGGUUAUUCAACCUCCGCAGUACAUUAUUCAGCAGAUUGAGCAGUGCAUGGCCCGAUUUCUCUGGGGAUCUUAUGGUAAUCAGCGCCGGCCUCAUUGGGUUGCUUGGGAGACGAUUUGUCGGCCAAUUAGUGAGGGUGGCUUGGGGUUGAGGCGUUUGACGGAUGUGAUUGACGCCUUCACUUACAAGCUCUGGUUUCGAUUCCGUGCUCAGGAUUCUCUUUGGGCCCGUUUUCUCCGAAACAAGUAUUGUCGGAAUCGGUUCCCAGGUUCAUCCGUUGUGUCUUCACUCUAUAGCACGGUGUGGAAGCGCAUGUGCCGUGUCCGAGAGCGUGUUCAAGCUCAAAUAUUUUGGCGGAUUGGUCCAGGUCAUGUUUAUUUCUGGCACGACCACUGGUUUGGCGAUGGUCCCCUUUCGGGCAUUAUUGAUGGUGGUCGGCUAACGUCAGUUCAUGUGGAGUAUUAUUUGGUUAACGGUCAGUGGGAUCGAAACAAGCUUGCUGAGGAUAUUCCUUUUGAGUGGAUCGAUAGGAUUUGCUCGGUCCCAAUCUCUGGUGCUUCGUGUGAUUUGCCCAUUUGGAGAGCUUCUUCGGAUGGCAAGUUUUCCUUGACCUCGGCUUGGGCCUUGAUACGACAGCAGCAUACCCCUACCCCUCUUCUUCGUAUAUUUUGGGGAUCUUGUCUUACUCCUACAAUUUCUAUCUUUCUUUGGCGUCUCCUUCUUCAGCGUCUUCCAGUGGAUACCAAACUUCAGUCUCGAGGCACCUCUCUUGCCUCGAGGUUCUAUUGUUGUCCAGAUCCAUCUAUUCCUGUGUCGAGUCUUGUAUCUCAGUCUGUCGAGUCUCCUUCUGUUGAGUCGAUUGAUCAUAUCUUCGUGGAGAGCCCGACGGCUAAGAGGGUAUGGCAUCAUUUUUUCUAUCUUUUUGGCUAUACACCUGCACACACUACGCACAUACCCCAGAUUUUACUUUAUUGGCAGCACUUCACUUCGCACACACUCACACACCACACACACAUCACGACCAUUGUGCCUUGCUUGAUCUUGUGGUACUUAUGGAUUGCAAGAAAUGACAGCAAGCACAAGGAUAUCACGGUUCGCGCUUCUUCCAUCAUUUACAGGGUCAUCCAGCACAUCAGGAUUCUUCACCAAACCAACUUACUUUCGGCGGACAGCUGGACUGGCAUUCCCCACGUGGCUGAGUCUCUUGGCCUAUAUUACCGAGUCAGAACACCAACUCUCACACCUCAUCGAGUUGUUUGGCUUCCACCGGAUCCGGGUUGGGUGAAGCUAAACACAGACGGAGCACGUAGAGCAUCCACCCAGAUUGCAGCUAUUGGCGGGAUUAUCAGAGGUUCGGACGCUGAGGCCAUAGUUGCAUUUCAAGAGAGGAUCUCUGCCCCGAGCAGUAUUGCGGCCGAGCUUGCUGCCCUUGCCUCGGGGCUGCGAUUUGUUAUUCAGAGGCAAUUCACUAGAGUUUGGAUCGAGCUUGACGCAGAAGUCGUUGUUCGACUUCUUUCGCACACGGACGAAGGUCAUUGGAGUCUUCAGAGUUCUCUCACGGCGAUCCGGAACUCUCUUUCUACUUUGGAGUACAGGAUUACACAUAUCUACCGGGAGGGCAAUAAAGUAGCUGAUGCAUUAGCUAACUUGGGGUGUCAGACCGAGUUGGCUCGUACCUUCACAACAGCGGAACUUCCCCGACCUAUUCAGCAGAUGAUUCGGAUGGACCAGCUUGGAUAUCCAUCCUUUCGACGACAGUCUCGCACAUAGGUGCCACGCAUUCCACGUUUUUAUAUUAUUAGCAAUUUAGGAAUUUUCGUGAACUUUACAUGUUAGGAAGGGUUGGGGUGAUUAUGGAUUGUUUGGGUCUAUCAAGACUAGACUGUUUGCCGAAUGGUGCCACACAUUUCGCAGCCGUUAUACCUGUUUCGCCCAUUUUUGGCGAAAGUGUAAGUGGCCUCGGCUGUUAUGGUGAGGCGAACGGUCUACCUUGGUCUUCCCCGACCUUCUAUGAUCAUUCCCACCCCGUCCUUUUUAUUAUUUGGGCCACCUGUUUUGCCCGUUUUCUUAACGUUUUGUUAGUUACCUAUUGUCUUUUGUUUGUCAAUUGCUAUUAUUAGCCAUAUGUUGGGCAAUAGCAAUUUGAGCGAAACUCAUUAUGUACUUCUUAAAUUUUGUUUUAUAAACAGGUAGGGGGUCAAGCCUAACCCCCCACCCUCA